UGCUUACCCUACUUAAUUUUCGUCUGUUGGUGGUCAAAUCUUGUAUACUGAUCUAAAGCUCUUUCUUUUUUCUGCAAGGCCUUUUUUAAGUUGUUAAUGCUUUGUUUAGGUUACAAGUUUUCUGCUUUGGAUUCAUAUGGAAGUAAAAUAAACAUAUCGGAUACUGGAAACAGAAUUUUUAACCCCUCAUUUUUCUUUGACCGAAGUCAAAAAGAAACAAGCGGGUAUUAAGAAAGUGAAGAGGCGAUGGCGGAAGAUGAAAUAGAGUUAUUGGAAUCGGCUGCCCACAGUGCGUCUGCUAAAGCGGAGACCAAGGAACCCCUGAGUAAGAGACCAAUACAGUGUGAACAUUGUUCACUCCGUCUCUCUAACCGGCAGACAUAUCUCAAACAUCUCGGUAGACGUCAUCCAGAAAAACAGUUUGAUCAGCUUUGUAGUCCUGCGAAGAAGUGGUAUGCCUGCGAAGAAGCUGCAUGCGAUGUAAAAGUCCGCAGUCGUGAGGAAUUACUACACCAUUUGGGAAAAGACCAUGAAUGGGAAAUUAAGGAGGUGACGGGAACAUUUGACACGGAAGACGAAUUUGAGAUAUUUUUUCAAAGAGUGCAGAAGAUGUACAAAACCCGGUUUGUAUCUCGUCACGGUAAGGUGAACGGUGUUAAGCGAUUUUACUGUAACCGAGAGGGCGCUGUACGAGUCAAAAUGAAGGAUCGUAGCAGAAAGCAUAUUAAACGGGGCACAUCAAAAAUCGGUACCUUCUGCACAGCUCAUGCUAUCGUCAGCUAUCAUACCAACGGCCAGGUGAGCAUAAUUGGAUCGGUAACUCACUACAACCAUGAAUUAGAAGGUAAAUACCUGCCCCUACUGGAUUCCGAGAAGAACUUUAUUCGAUACCAUGCCCAGCUGGGCAUGAACUGUCGGGAAAUACUCGAGAUCCUUCACAAGACCGUGGGAGAGCUCGAUGAAGACGAUCCCUUGCGCUAUGUGGACUACAAGACAAUUAGGAAUACUCUAGAAAGAGGAAAAACACUCGAGCAAAAUCGACGAAGUCAAUCAGGCAAUAGCGUAGAUCCUGGAAACGUGCAAAUGCUGAAUAAGAUUAAUAACUAUCCUCGACAUCGGGAAGAGUCUGUACCUACAAAAGCUUCCGAGGAACGAUCAUCAACGUCAUUUUCGGACAUUGUUCUCGAACACACGGCAGCAACAAACGGCUCAUUCGAUAUUGUCCAAACAGAUACUCACCAGUGGGGUGUUAAACGACCUGAAGGCAAGGUUCGCCACCGAGUGAGCCGGGUAUCAGACGUAUGUCCUUCUGAAAUUCGUGUGGGUGGAGCGCAAUGCGACUUGACGUGUAAGCUUUGUAUGUGUUGCGCUCAUUUGUUCAAGUGCAAUUGUGGAGGGGCAACGAAGAUCGGUAAAAUGUGCAAGCACAUACAUGCAGUCGUUCAGUUUAUUAAGGAUUCUGAAAGGCAACAGGACGCAGAGUCACAGGUUGUAAGCCAGCAAGGUGUCGUUCAUGAGAUGGUUGGCGAGGAAUUUUCUGUAGUGCAGGAAGUGGAAGAAGAACACGGGUUACUAGAUUCUUACAUCGAAGAGAAUGACACCGGAGUCGUCCUUAAACAAGAGGUGUCAACUGUAGAGGGAGCCACAUACACUUUGCAGGGUGCGAGCGCCCAACCUGGCCCUACCAGUGGGUGUCAAGUAGUAACAAUCAUUCAGGAAACUCAUGGAGUGGAGGCACCUACAGGCGCCGACUCAACGGCUGGUCAUAUUGGAACAGCGGACAAUGGAACUUUCUUGACUUACGAAGUAUUGCCAGACGGAUCGGUUGCAACAAUGGCUACAGAGGGGGCUGUAGCAACAACUGGGGGCAGGACCGUUGUAGGUGAACAGCGUAUCAAUCCUGAAUUCGAGCAUUUCCUCGAGCAAUUUACACACUUACUUAAGCAGCUCCAUCAAGUCUCCAAUCCGAAAAACAUACUACAAACAUGCACUAUUCUUCAACAGCUAAAGAAGCUGUUCCUCGCUACCGAACCGCCAAAACUCGUUAAGAGCUAAAAUUGUGAACACACGAAAAGUUUAAAAGCACUUUGGUAUUUGGGCAUGUGCAUAUAAACAGUAAUAAUCUUAAGAUCGGGCUAGCUACUACGCAGUUUACCCUAUAAAUAGUAGUGUGUAAGUUAUUUACUGACCACUUAUGUUGGCGAACCUUGCAAAGAUACAAAGACAGACCUCAUUAAAUCUUUUUGUAUUUUACGCAUGAGUGAGGACAUACUUCAGUGCUUCCGUGAUGUAUUGUAAAGUUAGUUAAGUAUCGUAUAUAAUAUGCAAAUGAAAAGUAUACCAGUUUUGUUAUAAUAUAGAAUUAACUACAGUAGAAUAACAAAAAUGGAACAUCAGACACAGCAAGUUGCGCGAUAUGUUCUAGAG